AUGGCCGUUUCGAAUGGAGCUGCCAAUGGCGAGGCCGCCAGCCUCAACCACGUCACCUCACAACUCCAAACGCUGGGCAUCUCGGAUUUACCCAAGCCAAAAGGAAUCAACCUCUACCCGCAGCUCAACCCAGUCGACGUUUACCGCUCAAUUAUCAUCGACAAACUUCAUGAGAUUACGGGCGCCGAGGUUCCUAUCAUCGACAACGCAGUCCAGUGGACGCAAGACCUGAAGCACGGUGACCUCGUCCUACCGGUACCUGCAUUGCGACUAAAAGGCAAGAAGCCGGACGAACUGGCACUGGAGAUCGCAGAAAAAUUUGACUCUCCACUCCUCGAGAAGCCUACGGCAGACAAGACUUUCGUGCGAUUCUUCUUCAAGCCAGAACCUCUUGCCAAGCUUGUCAUUCCCGCGAUCCACAGACUCAAGAGCAACUUUGGCUGGAACUCAAAUCUCGGCCUCGAGGACCCAUCAAACCCGAACAGCCGCCGCAAGAAGGUGAUUGUUGAGUACUCGAGUCCGAAUAUCGCCAAGGAGUUCCACACUGGUCAUUUGCGGAGUACCAUCAUUGGCGGUUUCCUCAUCAAGCUCUAUCAGCGUGCAGGAUGGGAGACUGUGUCGAUGAACUAUCUCGGAGAUUGGGGCAAGCAGUAUGGCGUUCUGUCAGAAGGUUUCGAGAAGUACGGAAAUGAGGAGUCUUUGCUGAAGGAUCCUGUCAAGCAUCUGAACGACGUGUAUGUCAAGAUCAACCGCGACAACUCUGAAGAGCAGAAGCCUGUGAAGGCCAUUACCGAGAAGAAGGAGGAGUUAGAGAAGAAGAAAAACCCACCAAAGCCUAAGAAGCCUGCCAAGGGCAAAGAGGCUGAAGCGCCACCGGAGAACAAGUGGACCGAUGAAGACGAGCAGAACCUGCAAAAGAUCAACGCCGAACUUGAAGAAGUACAACAGCAACUUGCCAACAAGCCAAGCAUCGAUGAGCGGGCUCGUAGGUUCUUCAAGCGAAUGGUGGAUGGCGACAAGCAAGCACUCGCAAACUGGCAGCGAUUCAGAGACCUCUCCAUCGAGGCGUACAAGGAGAUGUACGCUCGCCUGAACAUCCACUUCGAGGACUACAGCGGAGAGUCAACAGUAAAAGAAGACGACAUGGAGACGGCAGCCAAGGUGCUUCAGGAGAAGAACAUUAGCGAAGACAGCAAAGGCGCUGUCAUCGUGGAUCUGUCCAAGCAUGGUCAUCCUACGCUCGGCAAGACCCUUGUCAAGAAGAGGGACGGCACUUCACUCUACCUGACUCGUGACAUUGCGGCCAAUUUUGAGCGUUACGAGAAGUACCAUUUCGACCAGAUGAUCUACGUGAUUGCCUCACAGCAGGAUGUCCACGUCAAGCAGUUUUUCACCAUCCUCUCGCUCAUGGGCGCACCUUACAGCGAUAUCGUUGCCAAGUGCAAGCACAUCAGCUUCGGUAUGGUCAAGGAUCCAAAGGGUCAGACGAUGAGCACUCGUAAGGGUACCGUCAUCUCGCUUGCCGACAGCUUGGACGGCGUGAAAGACUACAUGCAUGAUGUGAUGAGGAAGAACCAGGAGAAGUACGAGCAGGUGCAAGACCCAGAGGCGACGGCAGACACCCUGGCGAUUUCGUCAAUCAUGGUGCAGGACUACAGCGGCAAGAUGGUCAACGGCUACAACUUCGACAUGGCCAAGAUGACCAGCUUUGAAGGCGACACAGGCCCGUACCUGCAAUACUCGCACGCCCGUCUCUGCUCCAUCAAGCGCAAGGCCAUCGUGUCCGAGGAAGAGAUGCUGAAUGCCGACCUCAGUCUCAUCACAGCAAAGGAAGGCGUUCAACUCAUCCGGUCACUAGCACAAUGGCCUGAUGUCUUCCUGAACACCUACAAGACGAGCGAACCUGUCACCGUCCUCACCUACCUCUUCAAGAUGACGCACUUGCUCAGCUCGUGCUACGAUGCCAUCGACCGCAACAACAAGAACGCCAAGACCUUGAGCGUGAUGUACGCGGAGAGUCCAGAGAAGAAGGUCGCCCUGAUGGCAAUGUACGAGGCCGCGAGGAUUGUGCUCAAUAACGGCAUGCAGCUCCUGGGUCUCACGCCGGUGGAGAGAAUGUAA